ACUGUGUUUAUGCAGAGGCAAUGCAUUUUGUCGCAGGCCACAUACAGUAGGCUAUACAGUACAAUUUGAGGUGUUUUUCUUACAAGGAAAGCAAAUAAUUAUGUUUUAUUAACCGUCAUCAUUAAUCACUGAAUGCAAAGUUCUUGCUGCAUGAUAUAUGAGUUGUGCCGGUUUGUUUUUGAGCACCAGUCUGGAUCUGUCUCCAUCUCUAUAGACUGAAUGAAUCAAACCUGUCAGUAUUAGGUGGACUGUAUUGUGUCAUGUGAAUGGAGAUUAGACUGCAUUCCUGUUGUAAUAUCAUCAGCUAAACAUGCUUCUUAUCAAGGUUUUUUUUUUUUAUCAUUGCUGCCAAGUAGGUCUGAAAGAAUGCUCCCUCUCUCCCCUUUUCUCCCUCUCACCUCUCUUUGUCAGCCUCUCUCUGAGCCAGUAAGAAGGAGAGGUCAAGUGUAGGUUGUCUGUUAACACCUGCACAUUAUGCUCUGCGUGUGUGUGUGUGUGUCAGUGAGUUUGAGGUAGAGAGAGAGAGAGAGAGAGAGAGAGAGAGAGAGACUCCCUCCCCUUGUUCCCUCUCCAGCUCCACUUCCAGCUGUUGCUGCAUUCCUCCACACGUCGCAAUUGGCUGAGGCUGCAGGCUUUUUUACGUUUGUGUACCUUUGUGUUUCAUGUGUGUGUGUGAAUUGUGACAGAGCACUAAAAGUACCUCCUAGACAUCCUACAGGUUGCUUGUGCUGCACUGGGAAUGUAUUCACCGUUGAGAAGGAGACUGUAAUCCCAGCAGUGCGCAGGAGAGUGACAGGAUAUCUUCUGGAUCUUAUAGCAGCUGCGUCCUUUUCUGCAAACCAUGACAGAGGUGGCCAGUCCAGCUUCAAUAAUGGACUCUUUGAUGAUGUUCCAACCAGAGUCAGAUCAGAUGUCUCCAGUCGAACCCAAGUCUCCACCUCUGGACCUGAUUGACACAGGGAAGGGACUGAAGGUCCAAACAGCAAUGCCUCAUCUGGUGAGCCUGGGCAGCGGGAGGCUCAGCAUAGCAAUCACCCUACUGCCACUAAAAGAAGGGGUGACCCGCAUAGGCCGAGAAGACGCUCCGAUUCCUCAAGAUAUCACUAUCCAGGGUGCUGGCAUCGAGGCAGAGCACUGUCUCAUCUUCAAUGAAGGAGGGGUGGUGACCCUUGACCCCUGUGGUCACCUCUGCAGUCUGGAUGGAGUCCAGGUUACUGUGCCCACACCACUCACACAGGGUUAUUCCCUGUGUCUGGGUAAGUCCUAUUUCUUCCGGUUCAACCAUCCCGAGGAGGCAACCAGAAUGAAGAGCAUGCUUCCACAAAAGAGCCCCGUGUCAGCUUUAGCCUACAACACAGACUACCUGAAGUUUAGCAGUGACUAUAGCCAUGCGGUGGUUGGCGGCACCAGCAGUGCUAGGGGCAUGCGAUCGGCCUCCGAGCUCCGGGACUUGAUGGACACGCUGCAGCGCAAGAAGCUCGCCCUGGAGAACAGCCUGAGAGCCAAUGGGAAUGCGAACCCCUCCUACUUCAGCGUGACACAGUCUCCUCCCACCACACCUAUCUCGAGUCCUACCACAUCCUCAUCGGCGUACCAGGACCAGGCAAGAAGGUUCUACGGCUCAGAUCGUGCACCCAUGUCUUUGAAAUCUGCUCCCCCUCUUUCUCCUGGACGGCGAUCCGACCCGUCCUCUUCUCUGUCCUCCCGCACCUCGGUCAACCGCAACCAGGACAACUUCGGCAAUAGCGAUGGCCGACGGCCGCACAACCCAGGCUCCUCUUCUUUACAGUCCACGUGGAAUGGCGGAGGCUCCUCCAUUUCUGUCGACGGUAGCAAUAGCUACCUCCUCUCUCUUCCUCCUCCGUCCUCUUCAUCCCGCACUCCAUCAACAGGAGGUGCAGCCAGCAUGCCAUCAAGCCCCCGUCUUGGCCGCCGUAGCUAUGGCAACCAAGAGCCCGUGCCCACUAGCAGAACCAGGAAAUACUCAGCAGGCUCGCUAAGUGGGAUGACGGGAGGAGGGCACAGCCGCUCGCUGCCACGCCUCUGCCCCUCCCAAUCUCCCCGUGACAACAACAACGGAGCCAUGACCUUGUCAACGUUGCCCCCACGGCGUUCUGAUGUCGCUGGCGGUUACAAAUUUAGCAAAGAGCAUUACAACAACAGCCAGAAUGCCAGCCCUGACCUCAACCACAACUCUAGUAACUCCAGCCAGCUUUCCUCCAACAGGAAUCAAAUCCAGACCCCAAAUCAGGGAGAAAGUAUAGUGUCUAUCUCCCUCUCUUCGCCUAAGAUCUUGCCAUCCACUACCGCCCCUAUCUCUUCCACAACCGCCCCACCUGAUGUGACCAUCCCCUCCAGGACAGGGGGCUCCUCUUCUCCUCGCGUGGCCAAAAAACUCAGCCUGACCUCCACUAGCUCUGUGGGCUCCAUCGGCUCCACGAGCUCCAGCCCUCCAGAACUGGAACGACUGACGAGCCGUGGAGUCUCCCCAGGAGUAGGCCUGUCUUUGGGGGAGAGGGAGAGGGAGAGGCGAGGGGUAGGCCAAGAACUCACUGGUACCAUGGGGUUUGGACUUGGAGAGAGAAGGUCUUCAUUUGGGAAGGCAGGGCUGGAACCUGGCAUGGGGCUGGGUGAGAGGAGGCAGUCAUUUGGAAAGGCAGGAGUGACCCCACCAGGAGGUUUCAGGGAAAGAAGGGGGAGUAUCAGCUCACUGAGUGGGAAGGAGGAGCUGACUGACUACCACCAGCACCAAAAAGAGGAGAGGCUCCGUGAGCAGGAGGUGGAGAGACUGGAGCGACAGCGACUAGAGACUAUCUUGUCUCUGUGUUCGGAGCUUGGCCGGUCUGACAGAGAUGGAGGUGGCCCAGCUACAAGUCCCACUUCAGCUGUGGCGGAUCUCCAGAAGAUCAACCAGGAGCUCGAGAAGCUUAAACUGAACGACGACGAUGACGACACAAUGUCGGUCUUUUCGGACUCUUCAGCUGUUAAUGGAACGACAGGGAAUGGACACAUGACCGCCCUUGGAUCAGAGAAUGGUUACUAUGAUGACGAUCUGCAGGUACGACGGAGGCGCAGCAGCGGUCACCGAGACAACAGAGCAGAAUCACCCGCCGUCAGUCUGCGAAGCUUCGCCCCCUCACCUUCUCCACGUGCACAGAGGACCAAUGAGGCUCUAGAUGAUGCAGCGCGUCGCCGCGGACAAGAAGCGAGGCCUUCAGAGGAGGACGUGAGGCGUGUGGAAGAGGAGAGGAUCCAGGUGCUGAAUAACAUGGAGGAGCUGGAGCAAAAGAUCAAAGAGCUGGACAACCAAAUGGAGGAAUCUGCCCAAGAGGUGGAGCUUGAGCGAGCUCUGGUGGAGGCCGAGCAGGAGUCGGAGGUAGCUGCUCUCCAGCAGGAAAAAGAUGCCCUGGAAGCACUUCACAACAAGAUUGCCGACCUAGAGACCAAGUCCAAGCAGGAAAAAGAAAAGGCGUGCGAGUUGCUACAGGCAGAAAGGGGCAGAGUAGAGAGGUUGGCUCAGAUUGUGUGUGAGCAGCGCUCCCAGCUGGACAGCUGCCCUGAGGCCACCAAGGAGCCCCUGCAGGAGCAGCUGGCCAGGGACUGUGAGGUGCUCGAUGCAGAGUCAAAGCGUUUUGAGGACCUGGAGUUCCAGCAACUGGAGAGAGAGAGCAGGCAGGACGACGAGAAGGAGACCAGUACGCAACAGCUCCUCCAGGAGAUCGCAGACUACCAGCGGAGCGCCGUGUCUCGCAAGGAGCGACUGUUAACUCUGAAGAAGCAGGCGACACAGAUUACCCAGCAGGCUCAGCGAGAGAAGGAGAGCUUCUUGAAGGAGAGGAGCACCCUCGAAGCAAUGCUGCAAAGGGAGAAAGAAAACCUCACAAUGCUGGAAAGGAAAUAUGCUGACCUCACUGGUGGCCGAGGUUUCACUCUAAGAGAGGGUUCAGCCUCUCUGGCUGAUGUGUGUCAGUCUUUUAGCGAUUGCUACCGUGACACCAGCUCUGCCACAAUAUUUCCUCCUCCAGUCACCUUGUGCGCCCUCUCAUCCCUCCUUUCCUCUAUUUCUCUCAAGAAUGCAGAGGGCUAUGUCACAGUCAGUGAAAUCAAUGAGCUUUACUCACAUCUUGGGGGGGACCCUAAACCCGCCCCCGCCCGCACUCUGGCCAAUGGCUCUCCUGAGUCCGAGGCAAAUACCUCCCCUGACGACGACACCCCCAAACCACCGGAGGAUGAGCUCUGUCAUUCUUCCUCACCUGCCGACUGUCACUCCUCUUCCUCCUCUUCUUCUUCCUCCCAUCUGUAUCCCCGCCCCCGCCCCCGCCCCCUCCCCAAACCGCCCUCUGUGCACUGGCCAGAGAACAUGGUGUCAUAUCGAGACCCUUCUCCCCUCCCCGACUCUCCCCCACCUCCCCUCCCUGUCAAAAAACGCCAAACGCGACACAGGCAGCAUUUCCGUUUGCUGGAAGAGAGGAAGAGGUCUGAAAGAGAAGGCGGUUCUUAUCUAAGUGACACAUUACCCAGGAAGAAAACCACACCCAUCAUGACGCCCCAGUUUACGUGUGCAACACUGGGACGCAGCUAUCCUACCAAGUCCCAUCAUCCCCUGGUACAGAGCACAAGUUGUGGCAGCAUUCUCCCAAGAAUCUAUUCCUUAUCCAACAAGGAAACUGAAUCUCGACGUCUGCAUAAAGGUCAGCCCGGCUCGCGAACAGCUUCCCAGACCAACGUCUACCUCGAUGCCUUUGGGUACCGCGACAACCAGGCCUUCGACACAAUGAGUGUGGAUAGCACGGACUCCAUUGAAACCAGCAUCUCUGCUUGCUCACCUGAUAAUGUCUCCAGUGCCAGUACUUCAAAUAUGGCCAAGCUAGAGGAGAUGGAGCGUCUGCUGAGAGAAGCCCAGGCAGAGAAGAGCCGCCUCAUCGAACACAAGGAGCAAGAGAUGGAAGUGCGAAAGCAAGCGCUGGAUGAGGAGAGGAAAAGAAGGGAGGACCUGGAGAAAAGGCUACAGGAGGAGACGAGCAGACGCCAAAAACUCAUCGACCGGGAGGUGAAACUGCGAGAAAAACAGAGGGCACAGUCCCGGCCACUGACGCGGUACCUUCCGGUGCGAAAGGACGAUUUUGACUUGCGGGCUCACAUUGAGUCGGCAGGCCACAGCACAGACACAUGCUUCCACUUAUCCAUCUCUGAAAAGACCUGCCGCGGCUACUUGAUCAAAAUGGGAGGCAAAAUCAAAACCUGGAAGAAACGCUGGUUCGUCUUCGACCGCAACCGACGCACGCUCUCCUACUAUUCAGACAAGCAUGAAGCCAAGCUGAAAGGAGUCAUCUACUUCCAAGCUAUUGAAGAAGUGUAUUACGACCACUUGAAGAAUGCACAUAAGAGCCCGAAUCCCUCCCUGACCUUCAGUGUAAAGACUCAUGACAGAGUCUACUACAUGGUUGCUCCCUCUCCUGAGGCCAUGAGGAUCUGGAUGGAUGUGAUCGUCACGGGCGCCGAGGGUUACACCCAGUUUAUGGUGUAGUGAAGGAGCGGGGAUGUGCCAACGGGCUAUAAAACUCUUUGUGGCUUUAAAGACUUAAGUUUUCUAUUCCUUUUUUUUUUUUUUUUCUUGGGACUUUUUACGUGUCCGGAUGGAUGUUAUCGUCAUCUAUGCUGAAGAAUGAACACAGUUUCUGUUGUGUAGAGACAGCGGCCCGUCUCAUUUGGGUUUACAGUUAUAUGUGGAGCAUUCAUGUGAAAUUGUAGGCAGAUUGAAGAUAAUAAUUUGAACAUUUUUAGGGGUUCAAUCUUAGAGACGUAAUGAAGUUCAGGAGAUCUGAAAUGUGCUACGGUGCACCACCGUGCCUUGGAGGGAGUUCAGGUGUACCUUACGGUUUUGCUUAAGUGUAAAGGACAUAAAUGUUAAAAAAAUAUAUUUUAUAUGAGCUUAUUACAACCCAUUUUCUUCAGAAAAGAGCAGACUGUGCAGCUCCUUUUCUAGCCAUAAGAAGCUAUUUUACAAAGGUUUUUUUAACGUAGAGAUACUAUUGGAGAAAUGGAUGUGGGGUGAACCAGUUUGAGCUCUAUAGCAUGUCAUUAUCAACCAGGAAUACAUGACAGUAGUUGUGUUUAGAAACACUAAGUGCCACAUAAAGCUUAAACAAUUUUAACAUGUCAUGGAAGGUCAAUUUUGAGAUGGGUUUAAUCAAUUCUUACACCGUUUCAAUUGUGUUUUAAUCAUUUUUAGCCCAUUUUCUGCGUACAGAAUAAAUAAUGCAUAUUCAUUUAGUAAAAGUAGUUGAGCAAAUGUAUUUGAAUUGUUUUCAUCUUAAUUUCAUGUAUCAUUACUGUGGCAUUCUCAGGUCUUAACUGUGUGCAUGCAUCAUAUUGAUCAUGUGUGAGUUUAUACACACAUAACAUAUAAAGAAGUGCCUGUUUUGCGUGCACACUCUGUGCACUUCUAUAUACUAUACGAGCUUCUAAUGCAGCUCCAAGGUGCUAUUCUUAUAUGGUGAACGACACUAAUAAUCCAAGCCACACCACCAUCAUAUCAAAAGAGUGUAAUUAUGCACUCAACGUGGUGAUUAUCAGUAAUUUUAUUAAUGGAUUACUGUGCUGGGUUUACAAUGGUGCCACCACAGACUCAGAAAUGAAGCUCUGUUAUAACAUAGUUAGUGUCAGGCUUGUUAUUUUCUAAUAGAAGUUGUUAGUUAAAUAAGCACGAGGAAUAAGGACUUUUAUUAAGGCACAAAAUUAUGGUAUUUGUACAUUUUGUUUCUAAGUUGUAGUUAGUUUUAAACAAGUGGGGACAUGAUCCAUUAUCAACUCAAAAUGUGCCUUUUUUAAAUCAUAUUUUGUGUGACAGUAUUUUGACAUGCAUAUUAUCUAUAUUUUUAAGAGCUACAUGUAUCUAUAUACAAUGCCAAACUGUCUGUGGCGAGGAAAACAAUGUGGAAGCAAGGUCCUGAGUGCUUUUCUGAGUAUGUUGUCUUUUAAAGAUGUCAGGCAGAAAGAAUCUAUGGUACACGCACUCACUUAAGAGGCUUUUAGUCAUCAAAACUGACUGCUUAUUGUGCUGCUUUGGUCCACUAGCUUUCAUUGCAUUGCUUUUAUUACCACUAAUUCAAUAUUUUGUUCCACAUUGAUCACUAAAGCUGCUUUUUAUAUUGCAUAUUAUGCUCCAUACUACGUCUGAAUGGUUCAGUCCACUGAUCAGUGCAUUUAUCAUCUUGCCUCUUGGCUUUUUGUUUAUUGACCAAAGUACAUGUUUAUGUGGUAUAAUGUAUAUGUCGUUUAUUUGCUUUGACUUCUCUUUGUUCAGUACAAUAAGAUCAAAAAUUAUAUAUGUUUCUACAUGACAAGCUCAUGGUUGUUUUCCACCAACUAAAGGAACUGUUACAGCGGAAGCUUCCAUGAGCUUUUUUUUUUUUAAUAUAAUUAUUUUUUAUGUUGAUCCUACUGUAUUUAUGCCAUUACCAAUGCAUGUAUCUUAAUUUUGUAUUUCCAUAUGAAUAAUAAAUAUAUUUUACCUUUUA